AUGGUAGCAAAAAAGGCACGCGUGGAGCUGGAGAAGCAGCUCAAGAAUGACGACCGGGAUGUCGCCGAUCUAUGGAAGGAAGCUCUCAAGAGUUAUGAGAGCAUCGUCGGUUUCGGUCUCCAGCGCAAAUUCGACAAUGUUCAGUCUAUGCUUGACUAUGGAACUGAUCAGAUGAACAACUUUCAUAAGUUCAGGCACGACAAGGGAAAGGUCGAUCGAUUGAGGACCUUGUUCUCUUCCAAUUUGGAUCUCGUCGAACAAGGCGCCAACCAAAUCAUCGCCGCCGCAGCACCGGCUUUUCCACCGGCCGCUGCUAUUGGAACAGCCUUGACCUACAUGCUUCAGGCUUGUCGGUCUGUUUCAGCCGACUACGAUAUCGUGAUUGUCUUUUUUGAAGACAUGAACAGCUUUCUUGGUCGGAUUACUAUCUUGGAGAAGAGAUUACCGCAAGACAAGGCUUAUCAGAAUUGCUUGAUGGAGGUCUUCACCUCGCUUCUCACUAUGUGCGGUUUUGCGCAUAAAUACAUUGAACUAGGUCGCUUCAAGAAAUGGAUCUCGAAUCUGUUCAAAGGUGACGACGGAGAGCUUGGUGGCGCGAGAGCGAAUAUGAACAAGAACUUGGAUCAUUUACAGCAAGCCACCGAAUUUGCCAUCCUCAGCAACACAGAAGAGACUCUUGCCAUGGCAUCACAGCUUGAUGAGAACCAGAAGUCACACGCCGAGAUACUUGAGAGAGUCGGUCAUACCAUCGACACUAUUCACGAAAACACAGAGAAUAUUCGCGGUGACAUAGCCAAGAUCCUCAAGCUCUUUGGUGGUCAGACCAAGGAAAAGACCAUGGAGAAGCCGCAAGCGAAUAAACCAACUUCUUCCAACAGUAUCCGUAACGCCAUGCCUAUAGUCUUUAACGACGACCACGAGUAUCACGCCCUCAAGGAAACUCUUCUCCCGGACUCAUGCAACUGGAUCUUUACCGAGCCUGAAUGGGAGGAAUGGUUAAAGCUCCCAGAUGGAUCACGGCCCAUCCUCGCAGUGGCAUCAGAGCCCGGUACGGGUAAGAGCCACAUGGCGGCCGCGCUCCACGACAAGCUUGCCCAAAGAGCUAGCGAAGAUGAGACAGGCCAUACUUGCGUGGCACACUUUUACUUCCGUGAACAAGAAGACGCAUUUGCUUUCUUUCUCUGCGGUGUCAUCACGGUCAUCAAUCGCAUCGCGGAAACAAACUAUGCUGCUUGUGAGAAGCUGAACGCCCAGAUAGCUCGAGACGACAUUGACAUGGACACAAAGCUCUGGCAGAACCUUGUUGAACACCUUCUCAAUGCUGUUUUUGCGCCCGACUCCAAGUUCAACCUUUUCAUUGUGCUGGAUGGACUUGAUGAGCUUCGUGAUUGGGCAAAUUUCAAGUUAUUCCUCACAGACUACUUUAACGAGAAAGGAUUGAAGAUAUCUCUGGUUGUUACUUCGAGGCCUGAGAAGUUGGAUGAUCUCCCAGAGGGUACCAAGGUGACUCGCAUUGAAGCGACCAAGAAGAAGCAGACGCAGGAUCUAAGGGCUUUGAUCUGGAGCGAGAUCAACUCUCUCAAUAAUCUGAGACGGUUUAGUCGUUAUGUGCAGCAAAGAAUCGCUGACAACAUCGAGGAGGCUUCACCUAAUAUGCUCUACGCCCAGCACCUUCUAGGCCGCCUUGACGAUCUAGGUCGCGAGGGAGCUGUUCUCCGUGCUCUGAGUCAAGAUAAACCCAAGACACUUCACGGAAUCUAUGAGAUCCUACUCGCAGAAUGUCAGCGUCGCAUGCCUUUCAAACACCAGGAGGUUGCUGCGGCGUUGCUCCAUUGGGUCGCCUUCGCCAAAAGGCUCUUGACUCUGGCCGAGGUCCAGUCCUUGGUCAAGUAUCUCGCACAAGACGGCGAAUUCGACAUUGAAGAGAUACGUGAGUUAUUCGAUAAGUUCCUGAGGAUCGGUGGUCCUGGCUAUGACACAGAAGUCCUAGCAAGACUUCAGGCCAGUAAAGCCACAGCAGUUCAAGACCUGAAGCAGGAUGAUGACGAUAAACAUGACAGUAUCUAUGACGAUGGGCCUCUGCCAGUCACUUUCAAGGAGCGCUCUAUGAGGCAUUACUUCACGAAUAGUACUAACGGCGCAUCAGACUUUAGAUGGGGUUCUUCAAAAGCGAAUCGCAAGAUGCUCGUUACUAGCGCAGACCUACUAAAACAGCCUCGUGAAGCUGUAUGCGAAGGACUCCUCAAGUACGCAGCUCUAUGGUUCAUCUCGCAUUUCACAUCUCUCAACAUGGACCAGCACACGUCGGAAGAGCAGGCUGAAGUGCUGGAAGCUUUCGCGGAGACCAUGGCUGACAAGACAGGGUUGGCUGAGAUGAUGGCCAAGAGUGGUAUUCUGUAUGGAAAACGUGGUGGUGGAGCUGUGACCAAUGUCAAGGUUGCUGAGUGGGCAGGGCUCCUUGAGAAGCUGGAGGUAAAGGAACGACUGAGUGAAUUUGCUGUUGAGUGGUGGCAACGUGUUGGGCCUGAUCCGGCAAUGUGUCGCGUGGAUAUCGCAAAGGGUUAUCUGCGUCGGCUGUACAUGGCGCAGAACUCGAAAGACGCUUUUGAUUCGUGGCAGCACCUUCACGGUGUUUUGCAGGUGUCGGAAAUAACAAAGCUGCUGGUGGAUCAAGCAGUCAUCAAUUUCCCCGACCGCUUCGAGGGCGAAGACGCCUUUAGUAAAGAUAGUGCGGAGUUCGAUGAAACUGCAGCAAGCCUCGGAAUCUUGAAUCUAUUCAGCGAUGAGAUCAAGCCUGACGCUUCAGCAUAUCGGGCGGUUGCAGAAGUGCUCGAUGAGUAUGAGCUUCUAGGUCCAGCUGAGAAAACAUGCCGCACUGCUCUUGAUCUCUGUAAGCCCGGUGAAGAAGAGUUCUACAGAGCUUCAUGCGUCAUGUCCGGCCUUCUCACUGAACAGAAGAAGAAAGAGGAAGCCCGUGAAGUGGCACAGACUGCAGUCGACAGUUUAUCCGCGGGCGAUGUUCCUCCUGCGUUGAAGCGCAAGGUCUACACGACGCUUGCCAGAGCCCAACGCAAACUUCGUCAAUACGACGCUGCUCUUGAAUCGUUCUCCAAGGCUAAACAUAGUGAUCCUGAUGGAAUAACUCCAGGUCAAGAUCUGGUAGACGAGCUUAAGGUCGUGCAGAAGAAGGAUAAGGCUCAGUAUAUACAGAUGCUGAAGGAGUGGAGUCUCGUGGAGAGGAUCACAUGGAUCGCAUCAGAUUAUGCAGAGGACGGUGAAGAAAGACAUGCUUUCUUUUGUGACAUUGCUUCAGAAACAGGCGAGCAAGACUUUAUCGUCAAGUUCUACCAAGAGGCCAUCGAUUUUCUGGAUAAUCUCGACGCCGCUCUUCCUCUCCGCCUUGACCUCGCGGUGAUAUAUUUCGAGGUAUGUCGAGAGCCCGAAAAGGCACUCAAACUACUAGACCAGGUAUUCGACACACGCGCAACAGGCCUCAGGUUCCCGAUCCUUGGUGGAACUGCACUGCUGAUGAUGCUUCGGGCCGUUGAUUGCAUGACAAACGUUCAGCUCGAGCUGUUCCGUAAGUCUCGCGAUCCGGUAUACAAAGCAGAACGGCUAACCGCGCUCGCUGGCCUUAUGCAGCGCCCGUUUGCGUCCGAUGUUCCCAGAACAUCUGCAUCCUGGACCAGUUUCCAUCGCGUUGGGUUGGCGUAUAUAUAUCUCGUCAUGGGCCCUCUCGAAAAGUUCCAGCAAACCAUUCAGUCUCUGUUGCAUGACUGCUUCGCGGGUCUUAACGAUUCGGUUGGCUGGAACGAUGCACCUUAUCUGUGGAUGCUGGCACAGUCGUUAUCCCUGAUGAGCAAGGCGCUGAGAGAUGAUGCGGAGCUUCAUAGACAUGCCCGUAUUGUUGCGUCAGCUGUGUUUUCGAGAUUAGGAAAUACUGACAAAUCCGAAGACGCGGAAGAAGUCAAAUACCAGGAAAAGACGACAGUUGAAAAGGAUAGUGAUGCUGAGCAGUCUGACGUCGAUGUUGACUCUAGUGAUGACGAGGAGGACGCCAAUGAGCCGCCUACAGACGAGGGAGAUCUGGUCGACCCAGAAGACGGGUACUACACAUGCGGUGGCUUCUGCAACCCAGCGCGGAAGUUCAAAUGGUGGGCUGGUCGGUCAGCAUACCGAUAUAUAACUUUCGCUUCAGGCAUGAUCUGCGAGGAAUGCCAGGCUGAAUAUGACGCUAUCCAGCGUGACGAGAAGAAGUUUAAAGGUAGGUACUUCUAUGGGCUUGGUCAGGAUAAACUGAAGCUUCCUGUCGAGGGCUGGCGGGGUGUGAAGAAUGGUGUUAUGAGGAUUGAGGGGCAGAAGGAUGUUGCUGUGGAUGAUUUCUUCAAGAAGGUAGAGACUGAGGUUGUGAAGAAUGCUUGGGAUAGGAUUUGGGCCGGUGAUGGAUUCUAA